UCAAUUAAUAAAUAUUUAGAUCCACUUGUUUUGUCUCCUUUAUAAACACUUCUCAACUGUCCAACUCCUCACAAAUUUUCCCCCUUUUCUGUACAAAAAAUGGGAAAAGAAAAAACACUAUCAAAAUCGAUAACAAUGGCUCCUCGAAUGGUGGCUAAUUUUCGCAGAUCUCUUUCUUUCCCAAAUCACCCAAAUCACUCAAAUAAACUCAAAAAAUCCUUCCAUGUUCGAUCUGCUAGUCUGCCAUGUCGAUCUCAUCCAUUAAUUUCUCAGCUCAAAGAUGAUUUAAACGAGCUCAAAUCAUGGGCUUUUAAGCCCCAAAAUCGAACUUCAAAUUGGAUUUGUGAUGGCCUCAAUCAACUCAAAAUUGUUCAUGAAUCUCUCGAUGAUCUGCUUCUUCUUCCACAAACACGUGAAUCCUUAAACGGACAUUCCGAUUUGGUCGAGAAGCUUCUAGAUGAUUUCCUUCACUUCGUCGACGUUUAUGGAAUCUUCCAGACGUUGAUACUCACUUUCAAGGAAGAACAUUUAGCAGCUCAGGUAGCGGUGAGGCGUAAAGAUGAAUCUAAAAUUGCUUCAUACGCGAAAGCAUUGAGAAAAAUGGCUAAGGAAAUGGAUAAACUUGCGUUGAAUGUACAAUGUAUAGGGAAAUAUAUUAUACCUGAACAAACUAUACCAAUACCAGAUGGAGAUGCAGAGUUAGCAGAAGUGAUGAAAGACAUAAUAGAAGUAACACAAUUAGUUUCAAUUGCACUUUUUAAUGGACUUGGAGUAUCAAUGGCAUAUGCAAAACCAUCAUGUUCAUGGAUUGGAUUAGGAAAGAAGACAAAAAAAUUGAAAGAAAAUGAAGGAAUUGUGGAAUUUGUAGAAAUGGAAUUGGAGAAUUUGUUGAGAAAAAAUAAAGGAGAUGAAGAGGUGAAAAUUGUGACUAAAAAAAUGCAUGAAUUGGAAGAUUGUAUUUGUGGGAUUGAAAAUUGUGGGGAGAAAGUGUUUAGGAGUUUAAUUAAUGCUAGAGUUUCAUUGCUUAAUGUAUUCACACAAUAGAAAAAGAAAUUAAAGAUGAUGCAUACAUGUAUAUUUUGCUUAA